AAUAAGCACUAUACUCGAAUAUUGAGAACAUCGAGUGCAUGCAUCUACUGUAUUUAACACGUUCCGCUGAUUCCUGAACAAGAUAAACAGCUGCUUCCACUGAACGCAGUGAGGACACUGUUUUGUUUUCCUUUUCAUUACAAUGUCGCCAUUUUGGAAUCACUUAAAGACCGUGACGUCAAAGAAGCGCGUUUCUUCCGCCCCGAACUGCGCGUAACUGCAGCUUCUGCAUGUUAGACGGACAGAACAAAAGCGCUGCUACUGAUCCCUCACAUCGAGUGCAUACAAUCUAUAUUUAACCAUUUGGUUGCCGACACGGACCGAAAUAAAGCUCAGAGCCGCCAGAUUUCAUGACAUCCAGAAGCAUUCCCAUGAUUCUUGAAACUGUUUCAUCAAUGGCAAAAAUCCAGACUUCCUGGACUUAUUUGCUAGAACAUUGAAACAAAACCAACAAUGGAGAGGGAAAGUAAAAGGAAACCAAACAAUUUUCCUAUGAAUCUUCAUUACUUGUCUGGCUGAUUUAUUUAAAAAAAAAAAAAAAAAAAAAAAAGCCUCUUUAUCCAGGUCUGCUAACAUGGACACUGAGGAAGGCCUCUCUCAUGACAGUGAUGAAGGAGGCCCAGACAAAACUAACAAGGAGAAAGAAGAAGAAAAGGGAAUCUGUCUGAAAACUGAGGGUCAAGAUGAUUAUGUGUUUAACUCACACAGCACUUCUUCUGAGACUGUGCCUGGAAAAUAUGGGCCCGGCUCCUCUAAAAUACAGUUUAAGGAACUUCUGUCUUUGGCCUCCUCAUCGAAGAGGUCAUCAAGAGGCCAGAUAUCUCAGGGUAACAAAGGGGGUCCAGAGCUUCCAGCAGAAAGCGAACUGUCAUGUGACCAGGAUGUUUCCAUGGCUUCUUUGGCCACUGUAAAUGAGACCUUAAAUACUGGAUCUUUUUCACAAGAUUCAGAAACCCAGCCCGAAGAAGCUGAAAAAAACAUAUCAAUGAAACAUGUGAGCUCAGUCCACAAGGGUAUCGAAGAUGAAGCUGUAGCCUAUGGCAGCUCAAUAGGCCAUUAUUUGACCACAAAAAAUAAGGAAUAUGGAUUGACUGGUACUCUUUAUGAUGUUGCAAUGGAUGCUGUAACACAAAGUCUGUCUUCUAUGAGAAAUGCUGCAAACCCUCGAAAAAAGUCUCCUGCUUGGAACCAUUUUUUCAUAUCGCCUCGGGAUAGUACCAAAGCAAUAUGUAUGUACUGUGUGAAAGAGUUCAGUCGGGGGAAAAAUGAGAAAGACCUUAGCACCAGUUGCUUGAUGCGGCAUGUAAGAAGGGCUCACCCCACUGCCCUCAUGCACGACAGUGAAUUCCCUUCCAGUAGCUUAACUAGCUCUUUUUCCCCAUCUUUAAUACCUCCCCCGGAUUUGCCAAAUAAUAGGGCCUUGGCAUCCAAAGUAGCUCCUGCUGCACAGAAAAGCACUUUGACCCCUGCCUCUUCUACUGAUGGCCCUGAUGUCCUAUUCAAAGGCAUUUCUUUAGUUACACCAAAAUUAGAAAAGUGUGCCGAAAAUAACUCCAUGGCUUCCCCCACGCAUUCCAGCCACAACCACAGUGAAGGUACUGCAGAAAGUCUUUCAGAGCCCAUUGGCACCACCAGCAAAAACUCAAAUUCUCGAAGAAGGUCAGCGGUAUGGAAACACUUCUACUUAUCUCCUGCAGACAGUUCAAAGGCAGUAUGUGUGCAUUGCAUGAAUGAAUUCAGUCGGGGGAAAAAUGGAAAAGACCUUGGAACUAGCUGCCUGAUUCGUCAUAUGUGGCGGGCCCACAGAGACAUUGUGAUAGAAGAAAAUAAUCAGGGUUCUAGCAUUCCACCACCAUAUACCACUCCACACACUGUUGUGUCACAUUUUUCACAGCACGAUACAGGAAAGAUGAUGAAAGAACCUCCUAAAAUGUCCUGUUUUCCUGAUGCACUGUUGGAUGAAGAGUCCUUACAUUUUAAGGAGAACGUGGAUGCAAAAGAAGACUCAAAUGAGGUGUCAUAUCAAUCAGGACAAGAGUCUUCACUUGAUAUGUCAUUUGGGUUGAAAGUAUGCAAAGAUUUGCCCCCAAGUUCAUCACCUGAUGACCUUUCAGAAGGCCCAAGCCUAACUGAAGACCUAAGUUCUGUUUUAUGUCAGAACAAAACAAUUAUGAAAAAGUUGAAGGCAAAGGUCUGGCACCAUUUCAUGGUUUCCCCUGCUGACCAGAUGAAAGCAUUAUGCCGUUAUUGCCCAUGUGUAAUAAGCAAAGGGAAGAGUGGAGACUUUGGAACAAGCUGCCUGAUGAGACAUCUCAUGAGACGACAUCCUGAUGUCCUCAGGGAUCAAAUCAGAAAGUAUGAUAUGCCACUAUCUCACUCGCCACAUGCUACUCUCACUGCUGCAGAAGCACAGUCAUCCAAAGUGAGCGCCAGACCGACUAACAGGAAUACAAAGAGAUUGCCUGUGACUAGCAAAAAGACUUCAAAGCUGUGGAAUCAUUUCUCUUUUUCUGCUUCAGAUCCUACUAAGGUUGUAUGUUUGCACUGUAACCGCACCAUAAGCAGAGGGAAAAAGGCAACAAAUCUUGGCACCAGUUGCUUGUUUAGACACAUUCAAAGGUUUCAUGGGCAUGUACUUGAAAGUAAUGGCAGCAACUCAUGUGUUGUGUCCUCCAGUGAAAUUAAAGAAAAACAAGAAGUCACUGAUACUUCUUCAAUUGAAGAAAAUAAUGAAAAGUUUGAUGAGUUCCACCCAAUUGCUAGAAAAAUCACCAAACUUGUUGCAGAAAUGCUCGUGCUAGAUCUUCAGCCUUCGGCCCUGGUGGAGAAUGUUGGCCUGAACAGAUUAUUGGAGUACUUACAACCACAAUAUUCAUUACCCUCUUCUUCAUUCUUCAGGAACAACGCCAUACCAGAAAUGUAUGAAAGAGUGAAGGAGGUUGUGAUCACACACAUGAAAGAGGCUGAAAACAACAUUGUCCAUUUUACUACCAGCAUCUGGAUCAGCAGCCAGACUCGUGAAUAUCUUACUUUAACAGCACAUUGGGUGACUUACAACUCUUAUGUGCAACCUCAGGGCCAGGACUUCCACUGCUCUGCCCUUCUCAGCAUUUCUCAGAUUGACUGUGAUUAUAACAUGGUAAAUAUUGAGAAGCAUCUUGAGUACCUCUGGGGCACAUGGAUCUGUUCUUCAGGUCUGAAAAUUGGAUUCAUUGUAACAGACAAUGAAAGCCUUGGGAAGACACUGGACAACAGCAAUCACACAGUUGUGCACUGUUUUGAGCAUUCCAUUGACCUCAUUGUAACAGAAGCCCUAAAGAGUCAAAGGAUGGUUCAGAAUCUGCUAAGCAUUGCCAGAAAGAUUUGCGAGCGCAUUUAUCGUUCAGCAAAAGCAAAGGAGAAGCUAGUAGAGCUACAAAAAGUUUACGGCCUACCUGAGAAUCCGUUGCUUCAGGAUAUCCCUUCCAAAUGGAAAACAUCUUUGUACAUGCUUGAACGUUUGCUAGAACAAAAGAAAGCAAUUGAUGAAAUGUCGGUAGAGUGCGGUUUCAGGGAAAUGAUCAGCUGUGACCAGUGGGAAGUGUUGCACUCUGUUUGUAGUGCUUUGAAACCCUUUGAGGUGGCCUGCAGAGAAAUGAGUAAUCGGACUGCUACCCUUGGCCAAGUGAUACCGCUCAUUCAUAUCCUUAACCGAAAGAUAGAUAUGCUCUUUGAUGAAACCGUUGGCAUUGACAACAUGGUGAAGUCUCUGAAGGAAGCCAUGGCAAGCCGAAUGUCCUCCAUACUUUGUGACCCAAGAUACAUGUGGGCCACAAUGCUGGACCCUCGCUACAAGACCUCUCUGUUCACAGAGGAGGAGGCGCAGCAAUGCAAGCAGGACCUCAUCCAGGAACUUGAGGCGUCAUUAUCUACCUCAGCUGAGACCAAGGGUUUGCCUUCCAACGGAUGUAGUGAAGUCCCUGAUCCUGCCUCCAACAGGGAUCUUGGUAACAAUGACAACUUCUGGGCUCUCAUGGACAACAUCAGGAACAAGAUUAAGAAAGAGGAACAACCUAAGUCUUCUGAGCUGGCUGUGCUGGAGUACCUAGAGGAAGAUAUACUUGAUCAAAGCUGUGAUCCCCUGGAAUAUUGGAAUCUGAAGAAGUUUCUGUGGCCAGUCCUUGCCAAAGUCGCUGUCCGCUAUGUGGGCUGCCCUCCUAGCACUGUUCCAGCAGAGAUGCUGUUCAACACAACCAGUACAAACUGUUCCCUGACUCAACUGAGGCCAUUGCUGGAAAAUAUGGAGGAACUUGUCUUUUUAAAGUUCAACCUUCCAUUGGUAUGCUUUCAGUACUGAAAACGAGAGAUGAUUUGAAUGUUUCGGGGCCAUGUCACAGACCCUUACCUGUCCCGUUUUAGAACAGGGUUAGAGAUCUCUACGACCUGUGCCCCAGUGCUGACAAUUUCACUUCAGCUAAGUGAAUUUGCCCCAUCUUUUAACAAGACAGAUAUUUAAUGAACAACACUGUUCUGUGUGUACUACUGUUUAAGAAUAUAGCCAGAUAAAGACAUGGAUAAUUGUAGACGGGGCUAAAUAUACAAUGGUUUGUUAUUUUUAUUACUGUUCAAUGUCUUCUCUCUGUGCCUUAUGAAAACUAUUUCAGGUCAAAAUGCUGUAAUACAAGACUUUGUUUGGCUAGGUCAGGUCAGCCUUUAAUUUUCAGUGAUUUGUCAUAGUAGAAUCUCUUAUGGAAAAUGCUGUGAAUGCAAAGAUAUUUAUAAAAGUUAUUUAUUUCAUUGUAAAAUUGUUUCAUGGUACAGUCAGGUGAAAAGUUUUUUACUGUGAUAAGUUUCUUAAAUGAUGCUGUAUUUCUUAUUGGCAAACUUUUUGAAUAUAAUUUUCUCUUAAGCACAAUCAAAAUAGACUUCUG